AUGGACCGAUUCAUCGAUGCGCGGUUGGACCGCGUGGAAAAGGCGCUGGCCACGGUGAUCGACUCGAUCUCCAAGUACAACCCGUCGCCAGCGCUGGCGGAGGACCUGCUGGCAGCCGACCGGGAGCUGAGCGGCGGGCUAGAAGAGUUGCAGAGACACCAGCAGAACCACGCGCGGAUCCUGGGCCUGCGCGCCGACGUGGCGGCACUGGAUGCGCAGAUCAAGUCGACACUGCUGACACUAGCGGCCAGCCGACGGGACAUGCUGGCGACGCCGGCGACGGUGUUUCCGGGCGAUGACCCGACGACGAGCCGCGGCAAGAAGACGCGCACGUACGACUUUACGUACGACCAGCUGAUGUCGUAUGCGCGCCGCAUCAGCCGCAACACGGCGCCAGCGCCAGGUCAGACGGACGGGACCGAGUUCUUUAGCACCUUUGGCGGCUUUGGCGUGGGUGCCGGCGGUGGCGGCGGCGCGGCCACGAAUGCAGACACCACCGGAGCGACGACGGCCGCGAACACGCCCGCGACAACGACACCGGGGCUCUUCAACGGUGUUGGGACAGAGGCUGCGGACACGCCGGGUGGAGCGGCCGGGCUGGGCGAAACCGCAACAACAAAGGUAGCCGGGACGCCGGCCGGCAUCACAGCGGCCACAGCCACGACAGCAGCUGCGACACCGGUGCCGUUUACGAGCAUCGUGCCGCCCACCAACGUGCCUGAUGUGCUGCCGGCCGACUUCCAGCAGUACGUGGCGCCGGCAGCCGGCACCAUCUUCUUUCCGUGGCCCAUGCCUGAGCUGAUGAUGCACGGCGGCCUGCGCACGCUGCAGUCGCUGACGGACCAGAUCAGCAAGGCCGGCGAACCACAGCCCCGGAUCCGGUUCGUCAGCCUGCAGGAGCAGGAGGAACAGGAGCGGCAGCAGGCGUCAUGGGAGGCCGAGGAGCGCGAGGCCCGCGAACAGCGCGAGGCCCGCGAAGAAGAGCAGCGGCGCAUGGCCCACGAGGCGGCCGUGGCUGCAGCAGCCGGCAGCAGUCGUGGUGGCGGUGGCGACGGCAGCGACGGCGGUGCAGCUGGCCAGCCGAGACGUCCGGCACCGGCGGCAGCACCGGCUCAGUUUGCGUCGACGUUGGACAUGGAGGAUGACGACUGA